AUGGCGAUACCGCAGAAGAACCCAGAGACGAAUCCGUUCUCUUCAUCGCCGGCAUUUGGGACGCCUGUCCACCCAUUCCCGAACAACCAGCAGCGACCUCCUCCUCCGCCUGCAUUCAAGCCCCAGAUCACGACCAUCUUACCCAUACUCUUGCCAGCUCCUACAUUACGACCUUUGGCAGUCAGAACGUUCACAAAGAAACACAAUUUGAUUCUGCAAUCCUCGGCAUUACAGGCAUUAGCGAGCUUUGUUGGCAGACAUUGUGGCUCAGGAUGGAGGGAGGAAGGCACGGGCGAGAAGGUCUUGGAGCAAGUUGCCAAGAUAUGGAAGGCUGAGAAUGGGCCUGUGAUUGUCGAAGAUGGUGAGAGGCUGAGAACGAUACUCAGGACACUGGAAAGUUGUAUGAGCGGAGGUCGAAUAGGCACACCCAAGGGAGCCAACAGCUUGAGCCGGCAGACGAGUUUCACAUUUGCCAACGAUUCUGCCGUAGACAUAGCCGAUCGACCUUCACUGGAACGACAAGGCAGUAGCUUUGGCAUAUCAGGGCUGAGAGUGCAAAGUCCUACGGCACAGGAUGAGGAGCCAGAAGGGAGCCAGAGAGAUCCACGAAGCUGGCUGAAGAUUAUAUCAGCCUUCGAACAGCCACGAUUCACAUACAGCGUCGACAAGAAGCACUUUUUACGACUCGAAAACAAGCCAGCUCUAUUUCCAAACACAAAGCAGAAGACUGCGUUGAUCAAAGAACGAUACAACAUUAUACAUCAGCGAUUACUACGAAACCCAGCAUUCCAGGCACCGUCCUUUUCCGCACAGACGGCAUCACUACGGCGAUCAAAUACAGUUACAGAGCGUACAUUCUACAAAAUCACUCCCAUAGCCAACUUGCUCGGACGAGGAGGCACCAAUCACUUAUUGUUGGGAAUGCUGGUCAUCGCCCCAACCGGGACCUUGGCACUUAAUGACCUCAGUGGCAGCAUCAGCUUAGAUCUGCAACAUGCCACUUCAAUGCAGGAGGUUCAGCCGUACUUUUGUCCCGGCAUGAUUGUUCUCGUCGACGGUGUGUACGAGGAAGAUUGGGCUGGCGCCGGGUCAAGUGGGCUGGGCAACACUGGCGGCGUGGGAGGAACGAUCGGAGGCAGGUUUGUUGGCUUUGAGAUUGGUGGGCCACCAGUCGAGAGGCGCGACAUCUCUCUCGGCAUUAAUGUUAAGGCUGAAGAAGUAGGAGGAGGCUUUGGCUGGACUGACUUCCUCGGGCAAGGAUCGGAAAGGGCAGUUGGUCAGCGUAUGAGGAAGCUGGAGCAGCGCUUGAUCGGGCUGGAAUCCGACAUCGAGGAGAGCCAGAGGAAGAUGGUCGUGCUAUCACAAGUCACGUUGGAUCAGCCUUCAACGCUCUCCGCAUUACGGAAAGUUCUGGAACAGUAUGAGGUUGCUGACUCGCCCCCUAUGUCAUUCGUGCUCUGCGGCGACUUCUCAAGAAAGGCUGCCAUGGCAGGCGCAGGAACAGGGUCGAUUGAAUAUAAGGAGCUCUUCAACGAGCUGGCAGCAGUCAUGUCCGACUUUCCAAAUCUGCUUCGGAAUUGUACAUGGGUAUUCGUGCCUGGAGACAAUGAUCCUUGGGCUUCGGCUUUCAGCGCUGGUGCGAGCACAGUCCUGCCCAAAGAAGCAGUUCCAGAUCUCUUCACAAGCCGCGUCAAGCGUGCUUUCGCAAACGCGAAACAGGAGAUGGGGGUCAAGAAACCUGACGUGGAAGGCGAAGCUAUUUGGACGUCAAACCCGGCAAGACUGAGUCUCUUCGGUGCAGCCCAUGAAGUGGUCGUGUUUCGCGAUGACAUUUCAGCCCGAAUGAGGAGGAACGCUAUCAGACAUGGGCAAGCAAUACGUCAACAGGAAUCACAACCCGACAGCGGCAUUGAUGUAUCGACGCCGGAAGCUGGCGAGGACUUCACCAUGUCUGGAGCUUUGCCCUCGACGGAGAAUGACACACAAGAAGACACUCAAAUGACCGAUGCCAUUCCUUUCGAAGAUCCGCCAACGCCACUGGAGGUCAGCACUGAGUCUUACGCCACUCAGGAAGCAAAGCGCUUGAUCUUGUCACUUCUUCCACAGUCGACGCUAUCGCCCUUUCCACUUACUGUCCGUCCUGUGCAUUGGGAAUACGCGCUUUCAGCAUUGAGUCUCUAUCCUUUGCCACAUACGUUGAUAGUGGCAGACGCUGAGGCUCCUGCGUUCGCCUUGACCUACGAAGGCUGUCAUGUCAUCAAUCCCGGUCGCCUUGUUGAAGGUGGAGGUCGCCGCAAGAAGGUACAAUGGGUUGAGUACGAUGUUCUGACGAAACGAGGAGGUAUCAAGGAGACUUGGAUGGGUUGA